CCUCUCCAUCAACUUCAAGACCCGCCAGGAUCCUUCAAUACACGCACUUAAGUUUCCCUUCUUUGGUCAAUCGUUUAAUUAAUUUAACCACUUUUCCUGCUAUAUAAACCCUUUGCAUUAUUCAUCAGUUCCAACAAAAUAUCAAGGCUUUAGCUCAAUCCAUGGCUUCUUAUUCUAGCAAAAUGCUAAUGAUUUUUAUGGUUUUUAGCUAUUUCAUGCUUGCUUCUGCUAAUUUCUACCAGAAUUUUGAUAUAACUUGGGGGGAUGGUCGUGGGCAAAUUCUCAACAGCGGUGAACUUCUCACUCUCUCCCUGGACAAAGCUUCGGGCUCAGGUUUGCAAUCCAAGAAUGAGUAUCUAUUCGGAAAAAUCGAUAUGCAACUCAAGCUUGUCCCUGGAAAUUCUGCAGGCACUGUUACUGCCUACUACUUAAAAUCAGAAGGCUCAGCUUGGGAUGAAAUAGACUUUGAAUUCCUGGGAAAUUUAAGCGGUGAUCCUUAUACUCUUCACACUAAUGUAUUUAGCCAAGGCAAAGGUGGCAGAGAGCAACAGUUCCAUCUCUGGUUUGACCCGACCGCUGAUUUUCACACCUAUUCAAUUCUCUGGAAUCCUCAACGUAUUAUCUUCUAUGUUGAUGGCACGCCCAUUAGAGAGUUCAAGAACUCUGAGUCAGUUGGUGUACCUUAUCUCAAGAGCCAGCCGAUGAGAAUCUACUCAAGUCUCUGGAACGCCGAUGACUGGGCGACGAGAGGCGGGCUCAUCAAAACUGACUGGUCACAGGCUCCGUUCACAGCUUCUUACAGAAAAUACAACGCCAUUAAUGCUUGCGUCUGGUCUUCAAGUUCUGGAACUUCUUCUUGCAACUCGAAUUCGGAUAACAGCAACUCUUGGCUUUCGGAGGAACUCGAUAACACAAGCCAACAGAGACUCAACUGGGUGCAGAAGAAUUACAUGAUUUAUGAUUAUUGCAAGGACACAAAACGAUUCCCCCAAGGCCUUCCUGCAGAAUGUGCAGUCAAAUAACUAAUCCUAGAAAUUUAGCUCAUUAUUAACUGUUUAUAUCUUGUUAAUUAAGUUUUUUGAUGUUGCAGUUUGUUCAUUUUGUGUAAUUUUGGCAUUCUGUAGUGUAAUGAAUUAAAUGCAUGCUCUAUGUAGCUCAUAAUUAAUAAAAGGUUAGUU